AUGAACAUAUUAGUCGGAGUAGUAUUGCUAGUACACCUAUUACAAACUUACCACUGCACACCGGAUGUUGGAAUAAAGCAUUUGCUGGUGCGCGACACAGUGGGCAACCAUUUUUCGGAGGUAAUUGUGAACACUCUCGUUCGGUACUACGUGCAAAACCAUUCGUCCACGCUGCUGAUGCGUCUGUCCACUGUCAACCGGCAGACGUACGACCUACAGUCGGACAUCAUGGACGAAGUGAUGCAACGUACGUCGCACAGUAUCGCGUACGAGUAUCGCUCGGUAUCGUUACACUAUUCGUCCCGUAGACCGCGGAUCUUUAAUCUUGCGUUUAUAGACGGUUACGAUGCAUUCCAGCAGCUGUUCGACUCGCUCGAUCCGGCACAGAACGAUUUUUCCGGCUACUAUCUAAUAGUACUAACUACGCUCGAUACCGUACCGGUGGAGAUGCUCGCCCGCAUGUUUAGCAUACUGUGGACGCUCAAUGUAGUAAAUGUGAAUGUGGUUACGGCCGAUCUGCAGGACCACAGUCAUUGGCAGAGUGUGCUGAUGUACACGUACUACCCCUACACGUCGGACGGUUGUGAGAAGAACCUGCCGUACCUGGUGCAUCGCUUUCGCAAGGGUAGCAAAUGGGUAGACCAAACGAUUGAACUGUUUCCGAGUAAGCUGACCAAUUUUCAUCGCUGCCAGAUCACGGUCGGUACCUUUCAUCUACCACCGUACAUGGUGCUGACGCGCCAGAAUCCGCAACAGCUGAGCUACGGUGGCUUUGAGGGUGACCUUUUGCGUGCGCUUAGCGUGAAGCUUAACUUUACCGUGCGCUUGAUCGAACCGGAAGCUGGUGAGAUGUGGGGCCGGACACCUUCCAGCACGACGCCAUCUGCCAACAUCACGGCGAGUUCGUCCGGGUGCGUUCGGUUGGUACUUACCGAGCGUGUCAAUCUUACGCUGGGCCGGUUUGCGAUUAGUGGCGAUAGGAACCUGGUCAUGAAGAGCAGUCGUAGCUAUUAUACCGUCCGCAUGGUAUUUGCUGUACCGGCCGGCCGUGAGUACACACCGUUCGAGAAGUUGUUUCGUCCGUUCGCUCGCUCUACCUGGGCGAUGGUGAUAUUUUACCUGCUCGUUGGUGUUUGUGUCAUUUGUACGAUUGAAUUCAGGCGACUGGCGAACGUGCGCGCGUUCGUGUAUGGGCGUGGUGUAACGACACCGCUACUAAAUCUACUUAGCGUACUGUUUGGCGGUGCACUACAACGUCUACCUGUACGGAACUUUGCUCGGACGCUGCUACUGCUCUGGAUGUACUAUUGUCUCAUUGUACGCACCUGCUAUCAAGGAUCGCUGUUCGAAUACUUGCAGGAGCGCAAAAACUUCAGCCCACCACAAACGGUCGAUGCACUGGUGGGUGAAAACUAUCGCUUCUAUUCACUGUACGGUUCCGCUCUUUAUCUGCAGCAGAUGCCCUCGAUAAUGUCACGGUACUAUCAUAUCAUCACCUGGCUUGAUGGUGAUGAUGCCUCCACUGAAGAGCAUCUGGUACGCUUAGCAACACAUCAGGCACCAGCCACCGCUCUCUUCACCGAUCUCGAGCGUGUUGCCUACUACAACCGUUUCCGAGCAAGCCAGGGACUCGUAUACAUCGCCAACGUAGUGCUCGUGCGACUGCCGAUCGGUAUGUACUAUCCAAGAAAAUCUUGCCUUGCUAAUCAAUUCGAUCGCGAGCUGGACAGUCUUGUGACGUCCGGGUACGUUAGCUAUCGUUUGGAGCGGUACGUGAAUUAUGAGUCAUUUAAAGAGCCAAACGCAUACGACCACGCACCUACACCACUCACCAUCGAUCAGCUGGUCGGAUGCUUUGAAACACUGUUUGGCCUGCUGGUGGUCGCUACCGUUCUGCUAAUGUUUGAGCUCUUAUCACACUGGAUCGCACCACUCCGUACGCUGCUCACCGUUCUGCAGACGGAGUAG